GUUUAUAAAAUGUAUCACUUAUACAGUUUUAAACGUAAAUUGUCUUGCAGGGGUGAAUAAAUUUUAUCUGGUCACAAGGAAAGGGAAGUGAGCCGCCACCAUGAGUACGGACGCGGAGAUGGCCGUUUAUGGCAAGGCUGCCAUUUUCCUUCGUAAGCCUGAGAAGGAGAGAAUCGAGGCUCAGAACAAACCAUUCGAUGCCAAGACUGCCUGCUAUGUGGUUGAGCCUAAAGAGCUGUACGUCAAGGGAACCAUCAAGAGCAAAGACGGUGCCAAAGUCACUGUUAUUGUGAAUGACACUAAGGAGGAGAAAGUUGUUAAAGAGGAUGAAGUCUUCCCAAUGAAUCCUCCCAAGUUUGACAAGAUUGAGGACAUGGCCAUGAUGACCCAUCUCAAUGAACCCUCUGUGCUGUAUAACCUCAAAGAGCGUUAUGCCGCGUGGAUGAUCUACACCUACUCUGGGCUGUUCUGUGCUACUGUGAAUCCCUACAAGUGGCUCCCAGUCUAUGAUGCAGAAGUGGUGGCUGCCUACAGAGGCAAAAAGCGUAUGGAGGCCCCACCUCACAUCUUCUCUGUCUCUGACAACGCCUAUCAGUUCAUGCUGACUGACAGAGAGAACCAGUCUGUCCUGAUUACUGGAGAAUCUGGUGCUGGAAAGACUGUGAACACCAAACGUGUCAUCCAGUACUUUGCCACAGUUGCAGUUCAGGGUGAUAAGAAGAAAGAGCAGGCUCCCGGCAAAAUGCAGGUAUGAGAUACAAAACAAAUA